ACAAUAUUCACAGUUUUUAUGUUAAAUAACUCGUAUAAAUUAAGUAGGGAUUUCUCAACAUAGUUUAUCGGGUAUGUUUAGAUGUUUAGAUAUCUUUCCAUUUGUGAAUGUCAUGGCUGAGAGGGGAACAGCUAACAACGGUUGUGUUAAACAUCAGAAAUUGAUUUUUUCUAAACUUUCAAGUGUUUCUCUUUUGAUUUAAAGUUCUAAGGAAGAAUGCAGUCAAUCAGACUGUUUUCAGCUUCUAUUAACAAUAAAUCAACAAUAAUAACAAUAAGUCAUCGUUAAUGCAUUCAGUGAUAGAAACAGAACAUAAAGACCAGAAACAAAACGAUGAUUGGUCAAGUUACAUUCCCUGUCUUACUUUCACUUUCCUGAUUCCCUCUCAUAGGCAGCGACCUGGCGUGAUGAAUUUCAAACUUAAUGUGCAUUUUAAAAAAACCCUCAAAUACUAAUAUUUGGAUAGUCAAAACAAAAUCGAACAUUUAGUACAUUCGUAUUGAAAUAUUAGUGCUUAUUAAUGUGCUUAUUAUAGGUAGUAGCACAGUGUAGUACAUCAGUAUUAUACUGGUGUUGCAUCUAUAUGUGGUAAACAUAAAUAUCAAACCAUCAAACAUUAUUUCACUGUUAGGAUAAUAAUAUGGCUUAUAUAAUUCUUUUUUUUAUUUGUAAUGUAAUCCACCAAAAACUGAAGGAAGGAAAUUUUCUUUCGAUUUCCGUCUGUAAGCAAAGAGGAAAAAGCCAAAAUGAUGCCAAAUUAGUUGUUUUGCUUCAUUUAUACAUUUUAACUUACAUUUACACGUUAAUUUGUUUCAUUUAAAUAUUAGAUUUUUAUUUAUGACUUUUUAAAAAUUUUACAAAAUAUAUGUCCAAAUUUCAAAAUGACCAUCAGCAUUAUGGCUUCAAGCACAUAAAACUCAUCAGUAUUAAACUGUCUUCUUAAGUCAGACUUUGUUUGAUGCCAUUUUGUCAGAUUUAGUUUUGUUGUAGUUUUUCUGUUUUUGAUUGCUCUGUAUUUGGCACACUGACUCUACCAAGGGUGUGGAACAAAAUCCACGGCCCCCUUUGCUCAAAGAGCUGAUUUUAAGUUGUACUGGCUGUCAGUUUUUAUGGUUUGAUUUUGUGUUUAGCCUCUUAACGUUCACCACGUCACCGGUGGCCCAUCGAGGGUGAUGGUUCUUUUUGUUGCAACAAUCCCACAGUUUAUAGGGACAUUUGCUGAAAUUACAGGAUGUUACCUUUGACAUACAGUUGUACUUUCAUUUCUGCAUUAACAUUUUAAAAAGGGGUGAAUUUAAUUCACCCUCCCUCUCCCCCUCACCCCUACACUUAACCCUUAACCUUAACCCUGGACAGGACAUCAGUGAUGUCAUGUGCGUGAAGAGUAACUUGGUGCUGAAGCCUCAUUUUAACGACAGCUGAACUUGAUUGUGUCUAACAGCUUCAAAUGCUGUUCUCAGAGCUCAGUGGGAAUCAGUGAGAUUGAAUUACGUCAGCCACUCCGUUUGACUGUUGUGUGACAAUUGCUUCGUCCCUCCGCUGGCCUCUGCGGGUGGGAACCUGAUAGCGUCUGUCCAGCCUCCCGUCCAGCCUCUCAUCCAGGGAGGCGACUUCCUCCAGUAGAAAUUUAUGAGGUUCCUCGUGGUAUUUCUGGAGCCUGAUGACCCAUUGGUCUGAAGUAGCUCUGCUACCAUAAAAAGGGCUGGCUUUCCUGCUGAGCCAGCACUUUAUAGCCUAUAUACUCUGUUUAAUCUUUACUGUUUGAGACUUAGCUGUGUCUCCCUCCCUGUUCUUCUUCCUCGUCUUGCUUAGUAGGGUGUGAAGAUCACAAACAGCCAAAAUGACUGAGGGAAAGAAAAUGACGUCCAGCCGCAGGCAUCAUCUGAAGAGUUUGAUGCUGCACAUCGCCGCCAACUGGCUCGAGCAGGAGAAGACAGACAUCGCAGCAGCGAAGGAGGCCUACUUGGCUGAGAACUGCCCACCUUCUGACCUCAGCGGAGACCUGGCUGCCCUUACGGACGCCUGCAAGAAGCUCCACGCCGCCAUUGACAAGAUCGACGAGUCGAGAUACGACACCGAGAUCAAAGUGCAGAAAGCCGACAAAGAGAUUGAGGAUCUGAAGCUGAAGGUGAUUGAGCUGGCCGGUGUGAAGAAGCCUGCCCUGAAGAAAGUGCGCAUGUCUGCAGACGCCAUGCUGCAGGCUCUGCUGGGCUCCAAACACAAGGUGACCAUGGACCUGAGGGCCAACCUGAAGCAGGUCAAGAAGGAGGUGAAAGAGGAGCCUGCAGACGUUGGCGACUGGCGUAAAAACAUCGAGGACAAGGCCGACAGGAAGAAGAUGUUCGAGAGCUCCUAAAAGCCGCCUGGAUCGGCGGAGAUGGUGGAGGUCGGCGGGGGCGUUUAAGACUGAGGUCUGAGUGACUGAAGGUGUCUCUGGGUCUCGUCUGGACCCUCAGGGACAAAAGUUCAGACAGUUUCUUGAUGAUUUUUUGGCUGUUUUUUGUCACGCUGUCACCCCUGCGCGUCAGAGAGACUGAACCAAAACAAAGUGAAUUUAACUUCGUCUGCAGUUGAAACAUCUGGCAGAGAAACGUCAGUUCAAAAUGUACAGCUUUUCAUGGAAUCGUUAGCAAUAAAAGUUUUGAAAUAAGGA